AAAAAAAAAAAGAAAAGACUCCGAGGGUGGUUUUUGUUGUUGUUGUUCUGCACUCAUGAGUCACUUCCAGAGGGGAGCAGGAGCUGACGCCUGUUUUUUGAGAAGGCUCAGAGGUCUGAGUGCGGCUCCUCACGCUGCCUGUGCUGCCCACACCCUCCCCAGUGAGGCUCAGUGUCCCGGGGGGCUCAGCACCCUCUGCCCCCCAUGGCCCCGCUGUCCUGGCUGCUCCAGUUCCUCCAAAGUGGGAGCAGSUCCUCCAAAUCGAGCGUUACUAUCCCGGGGUAGGAGGGGCUAUCCCAGAGGUAGGAGGGUGACUGCCAGCGCACACAGAGCGGGCACACAACCUCGGACCUGCCUCUGUUGCUCACAUCCCCACUCUGGGCCGSUGUCCCCAGCGUGGCCACGGUCACUUGGCCCUGUGUGGGGUCACCAGYGAGCGCCGGGGCUGUGGCAGCGAUCCCGCUCCUUCCCGCCAGGAGCCCAUCCUCCCGGGCUGGCAGCUGGGCACGGAGCCACCCCCGCCGCUCUGGAAAAGCAGGUUUUCCCUGUGCCCCUGGGAAGCAGCGAGGUGGAGAGGGGAAGAUGGAGCCUUUUCCUUUGUGAGAUUUCUCCAAGAGCGAGGGAGAGCUGCCCAGCCCUUUGGGACAUGCACAGGGGAGACGAUGAGUGAAUCCAGCGCCAAAUCCAGCCAGCCCCUGGCCUCCAAGGGGGAGAAAGACGUGUCGGAGAAGAGGGGCCGAGGGCGGCCCAGGAAGAAGCCGCAGCAGGAGCCCAGCGAGGCCCCGACCCCCAAGAGACCCCGUGGACGGCCGAAGGGCAGUAAAAACAAGGCCACCACAAAGGGSAGGAAAGCUGCAGUCACACCAGGGAGGAAACCUCGAGGGCGACCCAAAAAAACGCAGCAGGACGAGGAGGAGGUGAACAUUUCCCAGGAGUCAUCCGAGGAGGAGCAGUGACACCUCCCGAACCGGCGCUACCUCAUCGCCCGACGGCCCCGCGGCGCCGGGGGAGAGGGACGGGGAGAGACCCACCGUGCCGCCCUGGCUUCCUCCUCCUCCUCCCUCCUCCGCUCCCUCCUCACCCUCAGACAACGGCAGCACUGGAAAAUGGCCCGACCUGGGCGGCCCCCGCAGCCCCCGCCCGGGAGGGGCACCCGCCCCAGCUCCCCCUCCCCAGCCCCGCGCUUCGGGGCAGCCCCACUGGAAAGGGGGGUGAUGGCAGAGGGUCGGAGCUGGGACCUCCCACCUUCACUGCCCUCCACGCAGUGAUCUCACCCCGCCAAAGUGGGUGCUGGCUGCCCCCCAGCACCGGGCUCUGCCCUGGGGCCUCCGCAGGGAAGAGACGGGGGCAGUGAAGGUGAGACCCCCCCCCAAAUGCAUUAGACCUUUGCUCUGGCCUGCUGCUACCCUGGGCAGCCCCCCGUGUCCCCCCAGUGCUGGGUGACUGCACUGUGUGCGGGAGCAGCUCCUGGGGGCCAGUGCCCAUCCCCAGGGGUGCCAGUCUCUGGGGGUGCCCRUCCCCAGGGGUACCCAAGUGGGUCUGGCUCCAGCAGCCCUUUCCUCAUAGGUUCUGGUAUAUAUAUUUUUUUUUUAGUACUUUUUUUCUUUUCAUUCACAACUACCUCUGGAUAUUUAAGUUCCACUCUCUGAACUCACAGAUGUGCUGCUGCACUGCCGGGGCACUGUGGGCUCGGUGGUUCCUGUUUUCGGGGUGUUGCUGGGGGCUGCGGGGUAAUUUUUUUUUUUUUCCCUCCCUUUUUUUUGGGCUUCGUUUUUCUUUUUUUUUUUUUUUUUUUUUUUUUUUUUGAGGUCUAGUUUGCUCUGCUGCUUCAAGGGAUCGAGGCUGGCAGGGCAGCGGGGUGGGGGGACCACAGGAUGCUCCCCCUGCCC